AUGGAGAGCCUCCAGCUGGCGCAGAUGCUUGCCGACCUGAGCAGCCUCAACGCAGCCGAACCCAACGCGGCAGCCGCUCUUGUCACCGCAAACAAGGCCAUCCAGACGGUUGAGAAGACCAGCGCCAACCCCGCCGCCCCCGGACUGCCCAGGCGGCCCACCGAUGAACUCCGCCGCGUUCACACGCACAGUUCCCAGACCUCGCGGACAGGCACAGGCACCGCUUCGCCCGCCCGCGUCGACAAGUUUGGCCGUCGCAUCAUGAUGAGCCCGCCCGCCUUGUCGCGCUCCAACUCGGCCCAGGGCUCCAUCCCCGGCACGCCCAAGAGGGACUCUGAUGUACGAAGCACUACCACCAAUACCUUGCAGCACCAACAACAACCACUACUUGGAACGGGACAGAGAGCUUACAUGAUGGGUGAUGAACAGGCCGAAGAUGAUAUGGACCGCGCGUCGACCCUGAUGGCACUGUACGAGAUCCGCGCGAAGCUCAAGCAGCAGGACAACAGCAGCCUCAUGAAGGCCCGAGAGAAGAUUGCCGACCUCGCGGCGCGGCAGCAGCAGACGACAGCGACGUCUGGCAAGAAGGAGCCCGAGAAGAUUACGUCCCGGUUUACAUUCCCCAAGUAA